AUGAGUGACGUUCGAACAGAUGGGCCACUCACAAAUGGCACAACAAAUGGCGUACAUACAAAUGAGAAUGGAGAAGUAGCCCCUCCCUUGAUUAAUUUGAAACCUGAUACGCGAACGACAAAUGGGACCGCAAGUUCUGCUGGUGUUGCUCCACCAACUAAAAGUAAAGUUGUCGGUGGUGAUCGUAUGCAAGAAAUGCUUAAACAAGCUAAAGCACUAAGAGAUGAAAGACGUGCAACUUUGGAUGCUCGACAUGAAUACAUUUUUCAAAGAUUGGCUGAAAACAUUGGAAUAGAACCAUCACAAGUUGAGGACAAUGUACUUGGUGAUGAGAAAUUUGAUUUUAUUGACGAUUUCUUUUUGGCAAAUGGUCGACGCGUUUUAAUGUUUUAUUAUCAAGAACCAAAAAAUCCAGAAUUAAAUCAGCCCACUUAUACGGGGAGAAUGACUACAACAGGCCCGAAAAAACGAGUGAUUAUCAGUAAUGGUGAUACAGUGCAAUUAACCGGUUUUAUGUACUACUUUAUUCGUCCAAGUACAGGAAAAGGUAUAACGCCAGCAAAUAUUGUUACUGAAGUUGUUUUUGGACAGCUUGAUGCAUCAAACGGAAAAAUGCUUGAAUCAAUUGAACAACUGCUUGGAAACAUACUAAUACCAUUAUUACAGCAAUAUGAAGAUUGGGGUGCGUUAAAAAAUCGAAGUAACCUUAGUGUACAAGAUUUCCUCGAUGCAAUGAGUCAAUUUGCAGCAACCGUGAAUGGUGCCAGUGGUAAUCUAGCACAUCAAGUUAAAUUAGCCACAGGUGAUAAUGACACCGUUCUCACGACGUUAGCAACGCCGAAUGAUUACCAAACUAUGGCUCAAAAUGGAGAUUUCAUUACCGAAUGUGAAAAGCUUAUGGAUAAAUGGUGUAAACAAAUAGAAAAGAUUUUGGCUGAAAGUGAACAAAUUCGGCGGGAAGCUGAUGAUGUCGGACCAUCAGCUGAAUUAAUUCAUUGGAAACAACGUAUGGCUACAUUUAAUAAUCUUUUAGAACAAGUUAAAUCUCCAAGAUGUCGAGCUGUUGUCGGUGUUCUUCAAUCAUCAAAAUCAAAAACAAUUAGUCAUUGGAAAGAUCUCGAUGCCCGAAUAACAGAUGCAGCAAACGAAGCAAAAGAUAAUGUUCGAUAUUUGUACACAUUAGACAAGUUUUUUUCAACGCUCGAUAAAAAUAGUCCGAAUGCCAUUGCUGAAAAUAUUCCAAGUCUGAUGAAUGCUAUUCGUAUGAUCCACAGUAUCUCCCAGUAUUAUAAUUCCUCAGAACGUAUGACAUCUCUAUUCGCAAAAAUAACAAAUCAAAUGAUAAAUACAUGUAAACGUUAUAUUCGCGACGGGAAUUCACGUCUUUGGGAUAUACCAAAACAAGAGCUUGUUAAUCGUAUAAAUGAAAGUAAAAAGUUAAACGAAGAAUAUCAAUGCUAUUUCCAUAAGACGAAAGCAAAAUUACAUGAGUCAGCAAAUGAACGACAAUGGGAUUUCAGUGAAAAUUAUAUCUUUGGCAAAUUCGAUACAUUUUGUAAACGUUUGGAUCGUAUUGUCGAUGUUUUAACUACAAUUGAAAGUCUGAAUGGAUUGCAAAAUAUCCGAGUUGAAGGACUUGAACCAAUCGUCGUCAAAUAUCGAUCCGUCGUCGAUGUAAUUAAAAAGAAAACAUAUGAUUUAUUAGAUCAUCGAAAACAAGAUUUUGACAACGAUUAUACAGAAUUUAAAUCACAAAUUGAAUUUAUUCAAACACAACUACAAAACUUUAUUGAUUCAUGGUUCAGAAAGUCAUACACGGUUGAACAGUCGCUGCUGUUUUUGGAAAAAUUUCAAGAUUUGGAAGGUGUUAAAAUUGAUUUUCAAGACAAGUAUGGAAAAUUAGUACAAAAUUUUAGUAAAGAAUUGGAUACGGUUCGAAAAAUCUAUGAAAAAAACAAGGAAGAUCCACCUGUAACUCGAAAUCUACCGCCAACAGCCGGUCGUAUUGUUUGGGCUCGUCAGUUAUAUCACCGAGUUAGCGUUCCAAUCAAACUGCUAGAACAAAAAAUGGAUUUAAACAAGACCGAUGAUGGGAAAGUGCUAAUUAAAAAUUAUAAUAAAAUUGCUGAAGCACUUUUACAAUAUGAAUUAUUAUUUUAUCGUAAUUGGUGUCGUGGUAUUGAUUUGAUUAAAAAAGGAAUGCAAUCAACGGUUCUGAUUCGAAAUCCAGAAACAAAAGAAGAACAUGUUAAUUCUGAUCCACAAGUCCUGGAAUUGAUAAAAGAUACACAAUAUUUAACAAAAUUAGGUUUGGAAAUUCCGGAUAAUGCAUCGGUGUUAUUAAGACAAGAAGAACAUAUUAGAAAGACAAGUGUUAAUUUACAAGAAAUGCUCAAUACGAUUAAACAGACAUAUGCAUCAAUACCAAAAGACAUGUAUACGUUGAUGAAACCACAUCGAGAAAAAGUUGAAGAAGCACUGAGACCGGGAUUCGUGGCGAUUACAUGGUCAUCGUUGAAUGUCGAAGAAUAUAUACAUAACGUUCAGCUUGAACUUGAACAGUUACGAAUUUUGAUCAAUGAUUGCCAAGACAUCCUGCAAUAUCGUAUCGAUAGUACACUUCAAACCAUUGCUGAAACUCAGUUGUGUGAAACUCAACAGGAUCCAGUUACCCUAGAUGAAUUUUCAAAACUAACCGAUGAAUCAUGUCAAGUAGCUAUACAGUUAAUUACCAAACAAACGAAUUUAUGUGAAAAAGCUGCACAUUAUUUGUUGGAAAUAUUGAAAAAACGUUUGAAACCUAGUGAACAAGCACAGAUUAAAGAAAAUGAUCAAGAAUAUUAUGAAUGUGCGCUGAAAUCUGUUUUGAGCACAAAAGGAAGCCGAUGUAAUGAAUGUCAACCGUGUUCAUUCUUUAAUUUUUUAACAACGUAUUGGAAUAAAAAUAUCGACGCACAUAUACAAUGUACACGAAGUUCUUUGGAAACCAUACGUAAACGUCUACAACAACCGAUACGUUAUGUUGGUGAACAAGUUAUUAGAGAACAAGUUAAAAAUCCGCUCUUUCGUACUGAUAUCAUUCUGUCAAUUCCAAAUGUUUUGGUCAAACCAAGUUUGGAUGAUAUGCAAUCUCAAUUGAAUAAAUCAGCACAUACAAUACUAAAAAUUGGACAGGAUGUACCGGAAUGGCACCAUGCUCAAAAAUUAAAAGAACUUGUUAUCAAGGUUCGCGAAGAAUCUCGAAAUGAAAUUGAAAAACAAGCAUUGGAUGAAGGUGAAGAUGUUAAAUUAGCUGUACAAGCCAAAGCGCCCAAACCAUUACACAAAAUCAUUGCUGAAAACAACGAUGUUAAAAAAGUUGUGCUGUCACUCAAUUCAGCUAUAAGCACAUUUAAACCAGAUGUGCAGGAUAUGAUGAAAAAUUUUACGGGAUUUGCUGAGCUGUGGGAAAAAGAACUAGAAACAACUGUAAAAACCUUUAUGGAAUCCAAACCACUUAUGGUUGAUUUUGAAGCAUUGUUUAAACAUUAUCGUCGAAUGGAAUCUGAUAUUGAUGAAUUUCCUCAAUCAUUUCAAGUUGGCUCGAUUGUGUUUUAUACUGACAAUCUUAAACGUGGGCUCAAAACCGAAAUCAAUAACUGGAAAACAGCGUAUGCCAAAGCGCUGAAUGACAAAGCUUCACAAGAUAUGCAAAUGAUAUUUGAUAAAGUUGAAGACAUACAGAAACGUUUGACACGACCUUGUAAAGAUCUUGACGAUGUUCGAGCACAUAUGAAUGCAUUAGCCGAAAUUCGACAGAAUGAAAUUUUGAUUGAUCAGACAAUAACCCCGAUCGAAGAAACAUACGGGAUGUUGAAUAAAUAUGAAAUAUCGUUCAAUGACGGAAACCCAGAACGGGUGGAUACAUUGCAAUAUGCAUGGAAAAAAUGUUUACAACAAGGAAAAGAAGUACAAUCACAUUUGUUGGAUAUACAACCACAGUUUAAGCAAAAUUUACUUGAUAACGUGACCAUAUUUCAGCAAGAUGUUAUAAACUUUGUCGAUGAUUAUGCCAAAAAAGGUCCAAUGGUUCGCGGUACGCCGCCCCGAGAAGCAAGUGACCGAAUGACGAUUUAUCAAGCAAAAUUCGAUGAAUUAUGGAGAAAAUUCGAAACAUACAGUGCUGGUGAAGAUCUAUUUGGUUUACCAGUUGCUGACUAUCCCGAUUUAGCCAGAAUUAAACGAGAACUCGGUUUAUUACAAAAACUGUAUGGUCUGUAUAAUAUUGUCAUUGACACGAUAAAUGGCUAUUAUGAUAUUCCAUGGGUUGACGUCGACAUUGAGAAAAUCAACAGCGAUUUAUUGGAUUUCCAAAACAGAUGUCGAAAAUUGCCAAAAGGUCUAAAAGAGUAUCAAGCGUUUGAAGAAUUGAAGAAAACAAUUGAUGAUUUCAAUGAAACCUGUCCGCUACUUGAAAUGAUGGCAAAUAAAUCGAUGAAACCACGACAUUGGGAACGAAUUGCAAAUCUAACCGGGCAUAAAUUUGAUAUUGAAUCAGAUAAUUUUCUGUUAAAAGAUAUCAUGGCAGCACCGCUUUUGAAAUACAAAGAAGAUAUUGAAGAUAUUUGUAUAUCAGCCAUAAAAGAAAAAGAUAUUGAAGCUAAACUGACACAAGUCGUAGCCGACUGGGGAAACCAAAAUUUUACAUUUGCAUCAUUUAAAAAUCGUGGUGAACUGCUGUUGAAAGGUGAUGCAACCAGCGAAGUUAUUGCUUUGAUGGAAGAUUCAUUGAUGGUUUUGGGCUCGCUAAUGUCAAAUCGUUAUAAUGCUCCAUUUAAAAAGAAAAUUCAAGAAUGGGUUCAAAAGUUGACAUCUACAACGGAAAUUAUUGAAAAAUGGAUGAGUGUACAAAAUUUAUGGAUUUACUUGGAAGCUGUUUUUGUAGGUGGUGAUAUUGCUAAACAAUUACCAGCGGAAGCAAAACGUUUUGCAAAUAUUGAUAAAUCAUGGCAAAAGAUAAUGACACGAGCACAUGAAAAUUUGAAUGUUGUGAGCUGUUGUACGGCGGAUGACACCCUGUCUCAGCUGCUACCUCAUCUAUUUGAACAAUUAGAAUUGUGUCAGAAGUCACUAACAGGCUAUCUGGAAAAGAAACGACUGGUAUUUCCAAGGUUCUUUUUUGUUUCCGAUCCAGCAUUGUUGGAAAUUUUGGGGCAAGCGAGUGAUUCACAUACCAUACAGAAUCAUUUAUUGAGUGUAUUUGAUAAUACGAAAACGGUUACAUUUGAUGACAAAAUAUACGAUAAAAUCUUGGAAAUUAAUUCACAAGAAGCUGAGAUGGUUCCACUGAAAGAACCAGUUAUGGCACAGGGUAAUGUUGAAGUAUGGCUUGGUGAUCUACUGAAAGUAUCUCGUGCAUCCAUUCAUAAAAUUAUACGUGAUGCAGCAAUUGCCAUACAAGAUCCUCAAUUUAAUUUAAUAGAUUUUAUCGGUAGUUUUCCAGCACAGGUUGGUUUAAUUGGUAUACAAAUGCUCUGGACACGCGAUGCUGAAAUUGCCUUGAAUAAUACGAAAAUAGACAAGAAAAUUAUGCAAGAUACAGCUAAGAAAUUUCUCGAUAUUUUAAAUGCACUGAUUAAUAAAACAACGGAAGAUAUGUCGAAAUCUGAUCGAACUCGACUUGAGACACUAAUUACAAUACACGUGCAUCAAAAAGAUAUUUUUGAUGAUUUAGUUGCAAGCAAAUGUCGUUCACCAUUGGAAUUUGACUGGCUGAAACAAUGUCGAUUCUAUUUUGACGAGGAUGCGGAUGUCUGCCGUGUAUCAAUUACCGAUGUAGAUUUUAAAUAUAUGAAUGAAUAUUUAGGCUGUACUGAUAGAUUGGUCAUAACACCAUUAACAGACAGAUGUUACAUAACAAUCGCUCAAGCCUUACACAUGUCCUUGGGUGGCGCACCAGCCGGUCCAGCUGGAACGGGAAAAACGGAAACAGUUAAAGAUAUGGGUCGAUGUUUGGGCAAAUAUGUUGUUGUAUUUAACUGUUCAGAUCAAAUGGAUUAUCGUGGCUUGGGAAGAAUAUUCAAGGGCUUGGCACAAUCUGGCUCGUGGGGUUGUUUUGAUGAAUUUAAUCGAAUUGAUUUGCCUGUUUUAUCUGUAGCUGCUCAACAAAUCGAUAUUGUUCUACGAUGUAAAAAAGAAAAGAAAACACAAUUUAUUUUCAUGGAUGGAGAUGUAGUAGAUAUGGAUACAGAAUUCGGACUGUUUUUAACGAUGAAUCCUGGCUAUGCUGGUCGACAAGAAUUGCCAGAAAAUUUAAAAAUUAACUUUCGUACAGUCGCAAUGAUGGUACCAGAUCGUGCUAUUAUAAUGCGUGUUAAACUGGCUAGCUGCGGUUUCAUAACCAACGUUCAUUAUGAUUUUGGUUUGCGAAAUAUUUUAUCGGUGUUGCGAACAUUAGGUGCAUUUAAACGUGAAAAUCCAACUGAUUCAGAAGAUAAAACAAUGAUGAGAGUAUUACGUGAUAUGAAUCUGUCUAAACUGAUCGAUGAAGAUGAACCAUUGUUUAUGUCUUUGAUUGACGAUCUGUUUCCCGGUAUUCAACUAGAAUCAAAAGGCUAUCCAGAAAUUGAAGCGGCUAUAAAAACACAGACUGAUUUAGCUCAACUUGUGCAUCAUCCACCCUGGGUACUAAAAUUAAUUCAACUGUACGAAACCCAACGUGUUCGACACGGUAUGAUGGCAUUGGGGCCAUCGGGCGCUGGAAAAUCAAAAUGUAUUGCAACCUUGAUGAAAGCAAUGACAGAAUGUGGUGCUCCUCAUCGAGAAAUGCGUAUGAAUCCAAAAGCCAUUACAGCACCACAAAUGUUUGGUCGGCUCGAUGGAGAUCAUGUGUGGUUAAUCUUGGACGGCCCGGUCGACGCAAUUUGGAUCGAAAAUUUAAAUUCCGUAUUGGACGACAGUAAAAUUUUGUGUUUGGCAAACGGUGAUCGUAUCCCAAUGGCUCAGAAUUGUAAAAUUAUCUUUGAAGUACAUAAUAUUGAUAAUGCGUCACCAGCUACCGUGUCACGGAAUGGAAUGGUUUUCAUGUCGUCAUCGGUUAUGACAUGGGAUCCCAUUGUUAGAGGUUGGCUAUUGAAACGACCAGCAAGCGAAACCGAUAUUCUGUUGGAUUUAUAUACAAAAACAUUUCCAGAUGCAUUGGCUUAUGUUAUGCAGUCACUCGAACCAAAAAUGCCGAUUCUGGAAUGUAUGUAUGUGAAACAGUCACUUGACCUGUUGGAAGGUCUGAUUAAUAAAGAUAAGCCACCAGCACCCGAUGUACUCGCUCGCUAUUAUGUAUUUGCACUGAUGUGGUCCGUUGGUGCCCUAUUAGAGCUGUUCGAUCGAAAAAAAUUAGAAGAUUUCUUAGUAGCAAAGAAAGUUUUAGAUUUGCCACCCUUCAAAUCGGAUGAAACAAUCUUUGAAUAUGUUGUGGGUGAGAAUGGAAAAUGGGAACAUUGGUCAAAACUCGUACCAGAAUAUAUCUAUCCAAAGGACAGUAUUCCCGAAUACUCAUCAAUUCUUGUUCCUAAUGUUGAUAAUGUUCGAACUGAUUUUCUCAUACAUACAAUAGCUAAACAAGAAAAAGCUGUUCUGUUAAUCGGUGAACAGGGUACGGCAAAAACUGUUAUCGUCAAAAGUUAUUGUUCGAAAUACGAUCCAGAAGUACAAUCUUUUAAAUCUGUUAAUUUUUCAAGUGCAACAACAACCGGCAUGCUACAGAGAACCAUUGAAUCUUAUGUUGACAAACGUGUCGGCACAACCUACGGUCCACCAGGAGGAAAGAAAAUGACAGUGUUUAUUGACGACAUUAAUAUGCCCGUUAUCAAUGAAUGGGGUGAUCAAGUAACAAAUGAAAUAACGCGCCAAGUUAUGGAACAGAAUGGGUUUUAUAAUCUCGAGAAACCGGGUGAAUUUACAAACAUAGUCGAUAUACAAUUUAUUGCUGCGAUGAUUCAACCGGGCGGUGGUCGUAACGACAUACCACAGCGUUUGAAACGACAAUUUUCUAUCUUUAAUUGUACACUUCCAUCAAAUGUCUCCAUUGACAAAAUCUUUAGUACAAUUGGUCUUGGAUAUUUUUCCAAAGAACGUGGAUUUAAUCAAGAUGUUGUUAAUCUAAUUGAUAAACUUGUACCGGCUACACGAAAACUAUGGCAAAAGACAAAAAUUAAAAUGUUACCGACGCCGGCUAAAUUUCAUUAUAUUUUUAAUCUUCGUGAUCUCUCAAGGAUAUGGCAGGGCAUGUUAAAUGUCACGUCAGACGUAGCUGGUCAAAAACCCGACGUUAUUAUGUCGCUAUGGAAACAUGAAUGUUACCGAGUCAUUGCUGAUCGGUUCGUAUCGCAAGAAGACAAGGACUGGUUUGAAAAAACAUUGAAAAUAGUUGCCGAAGAAGAAUGUGGUACAGCUAAUGCAGGUAUAAUGUCACAAGAACCGUAUUUCGCUGAUUUCCUUCGCGAAGCACCAGAAGCAACUGGUGAAGAAGGCGAAGAUGCUGAUUUAGAAGCACCAAAAGUCUAUGAACAAAUACCGUCGUUUGAAGCUUUGGCCGAAAAACUUGAACAAUAUCAGCAACAAUAUAAUGAAUUAGUCAAAGGUGGAAAAAUGGAUUUAGUAUUUUUCAAAGAUGCAAUGUGCCAUUUAAUUAAAAUUUCAAGAAUUAUUCGAACUCCACGGGGUUGUGCGCUACUAGUCGGAGUUGGUGGAAGCGGUAAACAGUCGCUGACACGAUUGGCUUCGUUCAUUGCCGGUUAUCAAACAUUUCAAAUAACAUUGACAAGAUCGUACAAUGUAACAAAUUUAAUGGAGGACCUUAAAAAUUUAUUUCGUAUUGCUGGCCAAAAAGGCAAAGGUGUUACGUUUCUAUUUACGGAUAACGAGAUCAAAGACGAAGCAUUUCUUGAAUAUAUGAACAAUGUGUUGGCUUCGGGUGAAGUAUCAAACUUGUUUGCCCGUGACGAAAUCGAUGAAAUCCUCGGUGAACUGACACCGGUUAUGAAACGUGAAUUUCCAAAACGUACACCAACAAACGAGAAUUUAUAUGAUUAUUUUCUAACGCGUGUACGAAGCAAUCUUCACGUUGUACUUUGCUUUUCGCCAGUCGGCGAGAAAUUUCGUAGUCGAUCAUUGAAAUUUCCGGCGCUGAUUUCUGGUUGUACAAUGGACUGGUUUCAACGGUGGCCAAAAGAUGCACUGAUUGCCGUAUCAAAACAUUUUAUCGGAAAUUUUGAAAUGGUUUGUACGCCACAAGUUAAACAAGAACUUACAAUGAUGAUGGGUGAAAUUCAAGAUCAAGUAGCCGAAGCUUGUGUCGAUUAUUUCAACCGUUAUCGUCGUCAGACACAUGUUACACCAAAAUCAUAUCUGUCCUUCUUAGCUGGUUAUAAAAGUAUUUAUACAGACAAACGAAAAGAAAUCGGAAAAUUAGCUGAAAGAAUGAACACAGGUUUGAAAAAACUGAUUGAAGCAGCUGUUCAAGUAGCUGAAUUAGCUAAAGAACUUGAAGUUAAAGAAAAAGAAUUGCUAGUUGCAAAUCAAAAAGCUGAUCUAGUUAUGCAAGAUGUAAAUGUUAAAAAAGCAGCGGCUACAAAAGUUGCUGACCAAGUUCAGAAAGUUGCUGAUGCAUGUAAACGAUUGGUUGAUCAAAUAUCUGCGGAUAAAGCUAUAGCUGAAGGAAAAUUGGAAGUAGCACGACCAGCACUGGAGGAAGCCGAAGCAGCAUUGAAAACCAUAAAACCAGCUGAUAUAUCGACAGUUAAAAAACUUGGAAAGCCACCUCAUUUGAUUAUGAGAAUUAUGGAUUGUGUUGUAAUCCUAUUUCAAAGAUCAAUGGAUCCAAUAUCAAUGGAUCCGGAGAGACCGUGUCCGAAGCCAUCAUGGGGUGAAGCAUUAAGACUAAUGGGUCAAAGUGAUUUUCUAAACAGUUUAGUCAAUUUUCCAAAGGAUACAAUUAAUGAAGAAACAGUUGAACUAUUACAAACCUAUUUGCAGAUGGAAGAUUUUAAUUUAGAAACAGCAAAACGUGUUUCAGGAAAUGUAGCUGGCUUAUGUUCAUGGGCACAAGCAAUGGCUUAUUUCUAUGGAAUUAAUAAAGAAGUUUUACCGUUGAAAGCUAAUUUGGCAGUCCAAGAAGGACUCCUGAGUAAAGCCACAGCUGAUUACAAUGCAGCUCAAGAUCAAUUGGCAGCUAAAAUGGCAGAAGUAGCGGUUGUCCAAGCUGAAUUUGAUAAAGCAAAUGCAAUUAAACAGACAUUGUUAGCCGAAGCUGAUGCUUGUCGACGAAAAAUGCAUAAUGCUUCGGCAUUGAUUGAUGGUUUGUCCGGGGAACGAGUUCGAUGGACAGAAGCAUCGAAAAAUUUUGAAGCCCAAAUAAAUCGACUGAUUGGCGAUGUCCUAUUAGCAACCGGGUUCUUGUCUUAUACUGGACCGUUUAAUCAAGAAUUUCGAACGAUCUUGUUGAAACAAUGGAAAACGGAUAUGAUUAAACGAAAAGUUCCAUUCACGGAGGAUUUGAAUAUCGUUUCAUUUUUGGUUGAUAGUGCAACAAUUUCAGAAUGGAAUUUACAAGGAUUGCCAAAUGAUGAACUAUCAAUUCAAAACGGGUUGAUUGUUACAUCGGCAGCAAGAUUUCCAUUGUUAAUGGAUCCCCAAGGUCAAGGAAAAGCCUGGAUUCGCAAUAAAGAAGGCGCAAACGAUUUACAAAAUUAUACGUUAGUUAAAGUAUGUUAUACAGAAAAUAUCGUAGACACAUUCUUUAUUGGAGUGCCCAUCACAACGUUGAAUCAUAAAUAUUUCCGUACACAUUUGGAAGAUGCUCUGUCACUCGGACGUCCGUUGAUGAUUGAAGAUGUUGGAAAUGAUCUGGAUCCGGCUCUUGAUAAUGUUUUAGAAAAAAAUUAUAUUAAAUCUGGUUCAACAUUGAAAGUAAAAGUAGGUGAUAAAGAAUGUGAUGUUAUGAACGGGUUUAAAUUGUAUAUAACAACAAAAUUGCCAAAUCCAUCCUAUACACCAGAAAUUUAUGCUAAAACAUCCAUUAUUGAUUUUACGGUAACAAUGAGAGGCUUAGAAGAUCAGCUGUUGGGCAUUGUAAUACAGAAAGAAAAAGCGGAAUUGGAAGCAGAACGUACACGUUUAAUGGAAGAAGUAACAUCGAAUAAGCGUCGUACAAAAGAACUAGAAGAUAAUCUACUAUAUCGUUUGACAUCAACUGAAGGUUCUUUGGUUGAAGAUGAAUCAUUGAUUCAAGUCUUAGCCGAUACAAAGGCUACAUCGAAAGAGGUGAAUGAAAAACUCACAAUUGCUGCUGAAACUGAAAUAAAAAUCAAUGCAGCUCGUGAAGAAUUUCGUCCUGUUGCCACACGUGGUUCAAUCGUUUACUUUUUAAUUGUUGAAAUGUCAAUGGUUAAUGUUAUGUAUCAAACCUCGUUGAAACAAUUUUUGGGCUUAUUUGAAAGCGGGCGACACAAAGCUCAACCAUCUCCAAUCACUGUUAAACGUAUUCAAAACAUUAUUGAUUCACUCACGUAUGAGGUAUGGAAAUAUUGUGCCAGAGGUUUAUAUGAACGAGACAAAACAUUGUACACAUUACUGUUAGCAUUAAAAAUUGAUAUGCAAAAAGGAAAUGUUAAACCAUCUGAAUUUCAAGUAUUAAUCAAAGGUGGUGCUGCAUUGGACAUGAACGCUGUUGAACCACGUCCUGAGAAAAUGAAGAAAUGGCUGACCGAUAUGACAUGGUUAAAUUUAGUUGAAUUAUCAAAAUUAGCACAUUUUUCUCAAGUUCUGAGACAGGUUGUUGGCAACGAUAAAACAUGGUAUCAAUGGUAUCUUUCAGAUGCACCAGAAGAAGUACUAUUUCCAGAAAGCUAUUCAACAAGUUUAGAUACAUUUAAAAAAUUAUUAUUAAUUCGUUCAUUUGCUCCGGAUCGAACAUUGCCCAUGGCUAAGAAAUAUAUCGGCGAAUCACUGGGUCCUCAGUUUGCUGAAGGUUAUAUCCUGAAUUUGGAGGCAAUGUGGCAAGAAUCAGAUAAAAGAACGCCGCUCGUAUGUUUUCUGGCAAUGGGAUCAGAUCCGACGGAUAACAUUUUGAGUUUGGCUAAAAAACAAAAUAUCACCUGUGGAACAAUUUCAAUGGGCCAAGGGCAAGAAGUACAUGCCCGACGACUGUUGCAACAAUCACAGCAGGAAGGCAAAUGGAUUUUGCUACAAAACUGUCAUUUGGGUCUAGGAUUUCUUGAAGAACUCCUGGAAAGCAUUACAACAACGGAACAAGUAAAUGACGUGUUCAGAUGUUGGUUAACAACUGAACCACAUCCACAAUUUUCAAUCAAUGUGCUUCAGUCCUCAAUUAAAUACACAUCUGAACCACCACAGGGUGUUAAAGCCGGUCUUAAACGAACAUUUAAUGGUCUGUCACAGGAAGUUGUUGAUGUAAGUGCAUUUAUUGAAUGGAAAGUCAUAUUGUUUGCUGUGGCUUUCUUGCAUACAACUGUCCAGGAACGACGAAAAUUUGGUCCACUGGGCUGGAACAUUCCGUAUGAAUUUAAUCAAUCGGAUUUUUCAGCUACAAUUCAAUUUAUUCAAAAUCAUAUGGAUGAAAUGGGCUCGAAAUGGAAUGUUUCUUGGCCAACCGUACGAUAUAUGGUCGGUGAAGUACACUACGGCGGCCGAGUCACCGAUGAUUUCGAUAAACGUCUGUUGAAUACAUACACUCGUGUUUGGUUUUUGGACAAUAUGUUUACAGAUAAAUUUGAAUUUGCUCCGAAUUACAAGAUUCCACGUUGCAAAACAAUCGUUGAAUUCCGUAAUCAUGUUGAAACAAUGAGUCUAUUUGAUAGCCCGAGCGUGUUCGGCCUGCAUCCGAAUGCCGAUAUAACAUACCAAACGAAUACGGCCGAUAGUAUUUUAUCUACAAUCGUUAACAUUCAACCGAAAGAUGCUGGUGCUGGUGGCGGUGAAACUCGAGAAGCCGUUGUCUAUCGUCAAUCUGAUGAUAUGCUUUCGAAAUUGCCCGAAGAUUACAUACCACAUGAAGUGAAACAAGCUCUACAGAAACAAGGUGCACUACAACCAUUGAACAUUUUCUUGAGACAAGAAGUCGAUCGAAUGCAACGUGUAAUAACUGCUGUACGAAAUACAUUGAAAGAUUUGAAACUGGCUAUUGAUGGUACGAUCAUUAUGAAUGAAAAUCUGAAAGAUGCCUUGGAUAAUAUCUAUGAUGCUCGUGUACCGGCUACGUGGAAAAAAAUUUCAUGGGAUUCGGCUACACUCGGGUUUUGGUUUAGUGAUCUGUUAGAUCGAAAUCAACAGUUUCACACAUGGCUGUUCAACGGGCGACCGAAUGCGUUUUGGUUAACGGGAUUCUUUAAUCCACAAGGUUUCCUCACAGCAAUGAGACAAGAAAUAACACGUAAUCACAAAGGUUGGUCGUUGGAUAAUGUCGUGCUGGCAAAUGAUGUGAUGAAAAUGAUGAUGAAAGAAGAAGUAAUACAAGCGCCAUCGGAAGGUGUGUAUAUUUAUGGUUUGAAAAUCGAUGGCGCUGCUUGGAGAGUGACUCGUGAGAAAGGUGGCCAUUUAGCUGAUCCCCCACCGAAACAACUGUACUCUGAUUUGCCUGUUGUACAUGUUUAUGCCACAAAUGAAGCAAAAGUAUUGGGUAGUUCAUAUUAUGUUUGUCCAGUUUACAAGAAACCUCGUCGUACUGAUCAAACAUUUAUUUUUACAUUGACACUAAAAAUAAAUAAUAAUAAUCCAGAUUUUUGGAUAUUACGUGGUGUGGCAUUACUUUGUGAUACAAAAUAA